AUGGUGAUCAACCCGACAUAUCUCGCGCAGAGGACGCGCUCCUCGACCAGCUGGGCCGAAGCGAAGUCGAGAGUGCUGCACAGCUAUAGGGAGUGGGUCAGGGCGGCCCCCGAAAUCCAAACCAUGUACUCCCUCAACAUGCCCGUCAGCGCGAUCCGAACCAAGAUCCGACAAGAAUUCGAGCGACACCGUUACGUAUCACAGCUGAAGACGGCGGAUGUGUUGCUUUUCAAUAGUCAUCAGGAGUUUCAGGAGACACUGAACUUCUGGAAACAGCUCACACACGUGCUCAAGUACUUUAGAGCGGAGGAGGAACCGAAGGCGAAGCUACCCAAGAAUUUCAUUCAAGGUUUCAUAGAGGGACGGAAUUGA